AGAAACGAGCCCCCGUUCCAACUAGUCCACGAAACACCGUGUUUUUGUUUACAUUUCUUCUUCUCUCUCUCGCUUACCCAUUCUUCGGUCUUCACUCCCGCGGUUUUCUUUCCUUGUAGAUUUUCUCGGAAAAGUCUGCAGGAAAAUUUGCGAACUCGAGCAAUAGAGGUGCGGUCGAUUCUUAUUCAAAAACUUGCAAGUUUUGCGUAUGGAUUUAGGUGGUUAUGGAUAGAAUUAUAGCUCGAAUGAAGAAAUCGUCGGGUAGAAGAGGGGAUAAAACGCCGACAAGGCGGUUAGAGCGCCGUGACGCCUUGAAGCAUAUCAAUUAUGACGCAGCGUCGACUUCUACCUGGUCAGCCGAAGAUAUCUCCGCUUCGACUUCUUCUCUGGUGACGCGCUCUCUGGAGUUCCCAGAUCGAACCAGUUUCCGAAUCUUCGGAGGUGGAGAUGUAGAAAUGGAUCAGAUUUACAAGUCCCUUGGUUUGUCUGGUCCUGAUGAUUUGGCUAUAUCUUUUGACGCCUGGGAAGCUUGCAAGAAGCGUUCGUCUUCAGAUGUUAUCAACAGGUUCAAGUCUUUCGAGCUCGAUCUUCACAAUUUUCCUGUUGGCGAUGCUGCUAAUUCUUCGGAUCCUGGUAAUGAGUUGACUCGGUCCGAGUCGAGCGAGUUCGGGAGUUGUGGGAAUUUGGUUGUAGGUACUGAAGUGAACAAGCCUUGUCUUGAGCGAGCACCCACGAUUACGGUAAAGUCGAUAGGUUAUCUUGUUCCGAGUUACAGUGGUAUCGGAGAAAACAAGCCUUGUCUUGAGCGAACACCAACCAUCACUGUAAAGUCUAGAGGUUAUCUUGUUCCAAAUCACGGUGAUGUUGCUGGUGGUGGUGGUGCAGGAGAAAACAAGCGUGGUCUAGUGCGAACACCGACCAUCACUGUAAAGUCUAGAGGUUAUCUUGUUCCAAAUCAGAGUGAUGUUGGUAUAAAGGGAGUAAGACCACCGGUGCUUAAGCCUCCUCCGGCCAAACGACCUCCUGUGGAUCAUCAGGGAUCAUCUUGGGAUUUCCUUACCCAUUUCGCUCCAGAGGAUGGAAUUGUUAGGCGGCCAAGUUCCUCUUCUACCUCCGACAAUGGAGAGGAAACCUUGGAAGAGGAAGUGGAAAGAGAUUUUGAAGGGGAAACUGAGUCCGUGGAUACAGGUGAUGAGGCAUGCUCAUUCAGUACGAACGAAGGUGGUGGUGACUCCUCAAGCACUGUAUCCAAUACUUCGCCCAUUUAUGCAAACGGUGGAUCUAUCAUCACGUCGUGGCAGAAGGGUGGACUUCUGGGACGAGGAUCGUUCGGCUCCGUUUUUGAAGGCAUUUCAGGAGAUGGGGACUUCUUUGCUGUCAAGGAAGUUUCACUACUUGAACAGGGAAGUCAGGCACAAGAAUGCAUACAACAACUCGAGGGGGAGAUUGCACUACUUAGCCAGCUUCAGCAUCAGAAUAUCGUGAGAUAUCGUGGCACUGCCAAGGAUGGGUCGAAUUUGUACAUCUUUCUUGAGCUUGUAACCCAGGGGUCUCUUUCAAAGCUCUACCAAAGAUACCAGCUUAUGGACUCUGUAGUCUCCACGUACACUAGACAAAUUCUUGAUGGUUUGAAGUAUCUCCACGACAAAGGCUUUAUUCACAGGGACAUCAAAUGUGCAAACAUAUUGGUGGACGCCAACGGAGCUGUUAAACUUGCAGAUUUUGGAUUAGCAAAGGUUUCAAAAUUGAACGACAUUAAGUCCUGCAAGGGAACUCCAUUCUGGAUGGCUCCAGAGGUUAUUAACCCAAAGCGUACUGAUGGGUAUGGAAGUUCAGCUGAUAUAUGGAGCCUUGGGUGCACAGUGCUGGAAAUGCUCACUGGUCAGAUCCCCUACUGCGAUCUAGAAAACCCCAUUCAAGCCCUGUUUAGGAUCGGAAGGGGUGUGCUUCCGGAUAUACCUGAUGCAUUAUCACUCGAUGGCCGAGAUUUCAUAACUGAAUGUCUCAAAGUGGACCCAGAAGAGCGGCCAACUGCGGCUGAGCUGCUGAACCAUCCAUUUGUGAGAAGGCCCUUAGCAUACUCAGGCUCGGGAUUGGGAUCAGCAUCUCCGCAUGUCCAUAGACGAGGCUAAUGCGCAAGCAGAAGAUUUUUGAAAGAUGAGACCAACCCCAUAGAAACUAGAAACAUUUGGGGAAACACGAGAUAUGAUUCUUCAACACACGUACGGUUCAGUUGGGCAGCAAGAGCUAAACUGCAUGGAGGAGACAUAUCCUUUAGGUUUGUUUCUGGCUCAUUCGUUGGUUAUUUUUUUUAAGUUGUAUGUUGGACGUAAUUUGGGAACUUGAGAUCCAUGUUCUUCUAGGAAAAUGAUAAAUUAGAGUGCCGAUCUUGGUGUUUUGAGUGUAUAGGUUUUGUAAGUUUUAUCAAAAUUAUUGAUGUAUGUAGAUCCCAUAUGUGAUGUGAUAUGUAUAAUUUGGUUUUGAUAGUUUUUGUGUA